CAUUUGAAGGAUGAUGUUGUUGCAUUUUCUAAAGUUAAUGUCUUUGAUGGUCUGUUCUGGCACACAAUGUCUCUCACUUAUUUGUUUCCACAUCUCUGUUUCAGUAAUCUGUUUUGGCCUCAUUCUGGUCCAGGAUGGAACCCGUUGUCCUCUUUUGCUGAAAAAAGCAGCAACAACAUGGGGGGACGAUUCGAAAGCAUUGAGGAGAUUAAAGGAAUUUCAAAACCCACACACCCUCCUCGAAGACCUGUACGUGCAGUCCGACCUGUGAGUGCUCUGAGUGGCAGCGGCUCCUUCCUGCAGAUCAACCACCUGCAGGGAGAACUAGUGAGGAAGAGGAAGGAAUGUGAGGACUUGAAAAAGGAGAACAAGUAUCUGUCUAACGAAAUUCACAUGGAAAGGAUAAUGAUGAGAACUGAGAGUGAGCUCACCAUGAGAAACCUGCGGAAUCUCAACCAGGAACUCCAGGCCCAAGUUAAAGAGCUGAAACAGAAGCUCCAUCUCAGCCAGCAGAGGGCGACACUGUGUUCCAGGGCAGCUGAGGAUGCUGAUAGAGCGCGAGCAGAGGCGGACAAGGGCAGGGCACUGGCAGAGGCCCGAGCACUAGACAGCAGGCAAGAAAAAGAUCUUGCAUUAGCUGACAAAAGACGGUUCAGCGAUGAACUACAGCUGCUGAAGAAAGAGCACAAUGAUGUCCAGCUACUUUUAGCACAGGCUGAAAAGAAUUACUUUGAGACUAAGCUUAAACUAGACAGGGCGUCAGGAGAAAAGCAUGCUCUCCUGGAGGAGAACAGAAUACUGGAAGAUGAGAGGAACACGUUACGACACAAACUCAAAGAACUGACUGAGGAGAAUGUGAAGAUAAUGGAAAAGGAGGUGAACUCCAGACGCAGAGCUUUGGUUGCUGAAGAGCAGAGUGAGAGAGCCAAUAAAGCCCAGCAGGAAGCUGAGCAGGAAAGACAUUUAGCUGAGCAGGAGAGGCAGGAUCGCACCAGGGAGUGUCUCAGCUGGAGAGAGAAACACCAGGCCCUGGCAGAAGUCAUCAGAGCACAGGAAGAGCUCAAGUCUCUGAGGCAGACCAAAGCAUGUCAAGCUAAUAUUAAGAGCUACUUCCUGUGUAUGACUGAAAGCGACCAGAGGGUUAAGAUCCUAAAAAAUCAAGAUGGCACACCAAGGAACUUUACGGAAGGAGACCCUGUGUACAUCUCCACACCUGACCUCAACAGUGAGGAUUCAGAGAGGAGGUCAGGGAGCAGAACAAUGUUCAGGGUAGCCGCACCUCGAGUUGGAAGAGACACUGGCCCAGCCCACUUCAGUGAGCUGUCACCAAUGGCAGACUCCCACGAUUCUGGAUUUUCAAGGAGAAACAGGAAAGUGGAAUAUUUCUGGAUCCCCACUGAUGAGGAAUAAUUGCACUUACAACAAACACUUAAGCUGAUCAAGUUUUUCCUUUAUUGUAAAUUCAGCAAUAUUGGUGAAUACAGCACUAAACAGCCUUACAAUGACAUGAUCAUAAGCCAUUUCAUUUGACAGUUGGACUGCAGUUAACAUGUUGGCAAA